AUGCUCACUCCCCGACCUGACCGUCGGCGUCUUCUCGCCACUCCAGUCCUCAUGUCCCCGGGAUUCAUCAUCCCUCCUUACCCUGAUACUCAAGAUAUGAAUGAUCCAUCCAGAUUCGAAGAGAUCAUAACUACUCCUUCUCCUUCACUUGACGUUCGUUCAGUGAUUUCUCACAAUUCUUCUCAUCAAGAUAUCAAUAACAACUCGUACAAAUACCUUCCUCAUGAGACUCAAGGGAAUCCAGAGAUGGGAAAGCAAAGCCAAUUUGUAGUCCGUUCUACUUCUCAUCUCAAUAGAUUCAAACCGAUUCAAGAACAUCUUCAAGUCCAACCGUACACAAGAAACAAUACAUAUGAUCAUCAUACUGAUAUCGGUCUGACCACUCAUCGUGAUAACAUUUCUCAUCACCUUCAUCCUGGACAGGUAAUCCGUCAUAGCAAACUCAAUCAAGUUUACAUUCCUAAUGAUUCUCCCCGCAGUGCUCGAGGUCAUCAUCACUCUGUCGAGAACCCGCCCUCCACAAAUUCGACUUCGAUUAAAGCACAGGUUCACCGUGACACGCAACAAAAUAGGACCAACAAGCGCUCAUUGGUACAGCCCUCUAGCAUCGAGUCCCCUGCAGGGAGGCAAAUCCUGAAGAAAGAUAGACUCGUGGGUCACCGUGAAGAUACUCCUAAGCCUAAAGUCGACUCGCAUAUCCACAUUGAAACGUUUGACGAUGAGAGCAAACAACCCACGCAAAAGCCUGGUUCAUCUCCUGGUCCACUUGGCACUGAUCGAGUGACUCGUCGUCGUGUACCUACCACUUACGUCGGAGAUUUCGAAGAAGAGUCGGAGACCGACGUACCCAAUGUGAUCUUUCAGAUGCCGAAGGCUUUUGAGAAGGCCAUGUCUCUUCUGGUUGAGCUUGAUGUUGAGGCUUUGUGGAAUAAGGCCAGUGAGGAUGUGGGGGGGAGGAGCGAUGCAAAUUUACAAAGUGUCCAAAACCUCCUGACCCGUCAUGGAGAACUCUUUGAUCGGAUCGGGUCUUAUUAUAAUGACACAACUCUAGAGAUGAAUGCAUUGAAUGAUAUCAAGGACCAGGCAUUGAAAGAGAGGGUAGCAAGGACCGACAUGUACGCCGAUGCUGGGGAACAAUUGGCGGAGAAGUUGGUGGGGAUUCAGAAUGCUACUCGUCAAGUGCCGAGUAAACGCCGACGUGUAGAUAGGGGAGUAUCUCUAAUGUCAUUCAAUAACGAGUGA